AUGCGUCCCCAGUCCGGCAUCUCGAUCACAGCCUUUGCUGCGCUCGUCAGUGCCAAGUCACUCUCUGAUGUCUGCAUCCUAUCCAACGUCAAGUCUGCACUACCUUCCAACGGUACUCUCAAUGGCAUCAAUUUGAUUCCAUCUUCCUCUACCGCAGCCAUCGUAUACAAUGCUACAGUCGGCGGCAUGGUGGGAGCCAGUGCGCCCACCGGCGGUGCCACUUACAACUACUGCAACGUCACGCUGACUUACACCCAUCCCGGUAAGGAUGAUGUGGUCGUGGUGAAGUAUGCACUUCCUGACCCGUCUGACUUCAAGACGCGUUUCUACGUCGCGGGUGGAGGUGGCUAUUCUUUGAGCUCCGAUGCAACGGGUGGUCUGCCCUAUGGAGCUGUUGGUGGAGCUUCUUCUGCUGGAUAUGACGCGCUGAAUGGCGUCAGCUACGACGAUGUUGUCCUCUAUGGCAAUGGUUCACUCAACUGGGAUGCGACCUACAUGUUUGCCUAUCAGGCUCUCGGCGAAAUGACCAAGUUGGGCAAGUACUUCACCAAGGAGUUCUACAGCCUUGCUGGGACUUCCAAGCUCUACACAUAUUACGAGGGAUGUUCCGAUGGUGGCCGUGAGGGAAUGAGUCAGAUUCAGCGGUACGGUGACGAAUACGACGGAGUCAUUAUCGGCGCUCCGGCUUUCCGCUUUGCUCAACAGCAAGUCAACCACGUUUUCCCUGCUACGGUGGAAAAGACUCUGGGUUACUACCCUCCUCCGUGUGAGCUCUCGAAGAUUGUCAAUGCUACAAUCAAAGCCUGCGAUCCUCUUGACGGUCGUACCGACGGCGUCAUCUCGCGUUCCGACUUGUGUAAACUUCACUUUGACAUGUCCUCCGUUAUCGGUCAAGCAUACUACUGUGCCGCGGAGACCAGCAGCUCUCUCGGAUUCGGCUUCAGUGGCGGUGCGAUGGGCGCUGGAAGUCAAACCAGCAACAAGCCAGUUCAGAACGGAACCGUGACGGCUGAGGGUGUGGCGGUUGCUCAGGCCAUCAUCGACGGGCUUCACAAUUCCAAGGGCGAACGCGCCUACCUUUCAUGGCAAAUUGGCUCGGAGUUCUCCGACGCAGCAACCACAUACAACAAUGAGACGAAGAAGUGGGAGCUCGACAUUCCCUCCACUGGCGGUGAAUUCGUCACCAAGUUCGUGGAGUUGGUGGAUUUGGACAAUCUCUCCUCUCUCGACGGCGUCACCUACGACACCCUCGUUCAAUGGAUGACGACCGCCCUGUAUCGCUUCCUCGACAGUCUCCAGACCACUCUGCCUGAUCUGAGCACUUUCCAAUCCUCCGGCGGCAAACUGAUUCACUACCACGGCGAGUCCGACCCCUCCGUUCCCACAGCAUCCUCAGUGCACUACUGGCAAUCCGUGCGUUCGAUCAUGUAUCCCACUCUCGACGACCAGCAAGCCCAAGCCCAGCUCGCAGAUUGGUACCAGUUCUAUCUUGUCCCCGGUGCGGCCCACUGUAAUACAAACACCCUCCAGCCCGGACCUUACCCCGAAACCAACAUGGAGACCAUGAUCCACUGGGUCGAGAACGGCGUCAAGCCAUCUCGCUUGAACGCCACUGUCUCUUCUGGUGAAUACGAGGGCGAGAUUCAGAUGCUGUGUCAGUGGCCUACUCGUCCACUUUGGCACAACAACUCGACUUUUACUUGUGUCAAUGAUGCCAAGUCGAUUGAGAGCUGGACUUAUGAAUUUCCGGCCUUCAAGAUCCCCGUCUAUUAA